AUGGAGAACGAACAACAGACUGUCCACGGCCUCGUCUACCCCAACGACCUCCUCAACGCUUUGCCUGUCUUGCUCAGCCGCCCGGCGCCGCACACGCCCAUCAGACAGCUGAACGCCGAGCAGCUCGCGUCGCUCCAUCUGCGCGCGCAGCUCGCGCACGCCCCCGACGGCGUCCUCUUCCCCUUCCUCCACGGCCUCGAGGGCGCCAACGACGCCCAGAACUCCUUCUUCCAGACCGGCUUUGUCCGGCAACCCGAUGGGCGGCGCGGGCCGGCGAAGGUGCCGCGGUUCCGGGGCCUGAUAUUCGUCGCGGCCGAGGACGAGGAGGGGGAGGGCGAGCAGGAGACGGAGAGCGACGAGGACGUGUUUGAGGACAGCGAGGACGAGGAGCAGGAGACGACGUUUGCGAUGGACGAGGACAAGUACAUGCACCCGCUCGCCACCCGCUCGCCGUCCGACGCCUCGUCGCUGUCCUCCCCGCCCAGUCCGACCUUCACAGCCGCGUCCUACGCAAGCACCGCGCCCACCUCGGCGCCCUCGUCGCCCAGCCCUUCCCACGGCGACUGUCCGACGCCGAUGCCGUUCAGCCAUAUGAUGCUGCCGAAGCUCACGAGCACGUUCCGGGCCAAGGAGCUGCUGGACCCCCGCGCACGCGAGGGCCGCUUCAUGCCCGUGCACGUCCCCGACGGCAUCUCCCUCCGCAACUUUGGCAUCCAAGUUCCCAUAUACGCUACGCUGUCCGAUAUCGUGGUCUACAGCCGCCGGGCCGACUCGCGCCGCGCGUUUGCGCUUGCCGAGCGGUUCAAGCAGGCGGUGGAGGCUAAAGCCGAGGAGCGCGCGCACGCGGGCGCGGAGGUUCCCGUGGCGUACAACGUAUUCGUUCUCGACGCACCCCGCGCAGACGUGCUCAGGCAUCUCGGUCACGCGCUCCAGCGCACCGUGCCCCACGCGCCGCACACGGACGGCACCGACGCGCACACGUCGAACGACUCGCCGCUCCGGCCCGACAUCUGUCUGGCCGCGAACACGGUCAACUUUGCGCAGCGCGAGAAGGACGAGAUGCGCGAUCUGACGCGCGCGUCCGAGAUCCUGUCCACGCCCGCCGGCGGCGCGCUCUGGCUCGGCAACGCGGCAGACGUGCCCCUCGCCCCGCCCUCGCGCGAUGCCUCGCCCUUCGACUCCGGCCCGAACGUCGCCGCGCAGGGCCGCGGCUACGACGUCUGCGUCGAGUGCCACGACCGCGCGCCCGUGCCGACGCCCACCCAUCUCCGCGCCGCAGAGGAGCAUCUCGCGGCGCUUGCCGCGGCGUGGGCCAACACCGCCCACGGCAAACAGAGCGUCCCGCGGCCCGCGCCACAUCCCGGCGCCGUCGUCCAUUUGCCUUUCCCGUCCAGUCCGCAGAACGUGAGCGCCGUCACGCCGUUCCUUGAUUUCCUGGCUAGGGUCCUCGGGCCGCAGGAGAACGGCGCGCGGCCGGCGAAGGUGCUCGUGUGGAGCGCGGACGGGUAUACGGAGAGCAGCGUGCUGGCGCUCUGCAGCAUUAUGGCGGGCAAGGGCUUGGGGCUGCCCGAGGCGUAUCUCGAGCUGCAGGUCGAGAGGCGGCGGAGCUUUUUCGUAUACCAGUCCGAUCUGGGCGUGCUUAGGCGCGUCGAGGCUAAACUCGCAAGGGAACGCAAGAUCGCGGCUGCUGGAGAGGCUCAUGACGCGCACGCGGCGCUCGGCGCGCCGGACGGGCGGAGCAACGUCAAUGGAUGGGGAAAGAACAAUGGGCACGCGCAUAGCGCGACUCUGCCCGGGAGUCUGCCGAGCAACUACAACUACAACCACGGGUACGAAGAGAUGGCGCUCGACACGUCCGCGACGGCUGCGUCGCCCUCUGCGCCGUCGAUCGACGACAUGUCGCCCUCGUCCGCGCCGGCAACCGCCGCACCAGUAUUGCCUAACCCGCUCGCGGCAUCGGCGUCGGUUCCGCUGCCGCCUACGCCGCCGGCCACGGUGCCGAGUCAGCUUCAUCUGCAUGCGCCGCGCAGGCCGAGGGCGAGCACGAGCCCGAUGCUGGGCCCCGCCGCCGGCGAUCAUGGGGCCUGGUUCGACGAUCCGCGGUUCGACGGCAGCUUCCCGAGCCGGGUGUUGCCGUUCUUGUACCUGGGGAACCUGAACCACGCUUCGAAUGCGUAUAUGCUGCAUGCGCUGGGCAUCACGCAUGUCGUGAGUGUUGGCGAGUGCGCGCUUGUACCGCCGUCGGCGUCGUCGGCUUGUCCGAGCCCGAGCUCGAGCGCGCCGGGUCCGGGCAUUGCUGGGCCGCCUACUGGUCAUAUUGGGCGCCGCCGUCAGGGCUCGCUGUACAUCGAAGAACGUGAAGGUCGCAUUAAGGUGCUCGAUAUCAAAGGCGUAUGCGACGACGGAAUCGACACGCUCGAGCCGCAGCUCGCACCCAUCUGCGACUGGAUCGAGCGCGCGAGAUGCGAGGGCGGGAAGGUGCUCGUUCACUGCCGUGUGGGCGUCAGCCGGAGUGCCACAGUCACCAUCGCAUACGUGAUGAAGCACCUCGCGCUCCCGCUCGUCGACGCGUACCUCAUCGUGCGCUCGAGAAGGCUGAGCGUGCUCAUUCAGCCCAACAUGCGGCUGCUGUACAACCUCCUCGGCUGGGAAGUCCGGCUCGCACUCGAGCGCGCCGCCGCUGCCGUCCCCCAAGCGUCCGACGGCGCUGAUGAGAAGAUGGACACGGACGCCGAGCAGAUCACCAAGUCCGCUGUGACUGAGGCGCUCGCGGGCGCUUCUGCGGCAUCCGCUACGAUUGAUGUGAGCGUUGGUGCGGUGGAGAAGGCGGGCGGGAUGCAGGUGAAGGAUGUUAGGACGCCGAGCCCGGUCGAGGGGAAGAAGAUUGUUGAGGUUGGGGGCGCGAGGGUGGAUGAGGAUGUGUUGAGGGCGGAGAUGGCGAGGGCGCUGAGCUGGCCGUAUUUGGCGAGGGAGGUGCAUCGGUUGAACGAGAAGUAUUUGCAUUGA